AUGCCUGUAAGGACUAGCUUCGCCGCUUGGUAAAUCCAUUUCCUCACACUCGAUCGUGCCCCCCUGUGCAGGCCUACCACUCCUCUUACAAUGACGAAGACGAGCAUCGCGUGGUCGGCAACAUGGCCCUUCUACCGUUCAACAGCCGCAUCAGGGGCCCUGCACCACCGCCAGGUAUGUUCCUUUGGAUAGACACUCUGAGCACCCCUUCACCCCACGCUAGUGCUGACACUCGCCGUGGAUACAACCGGCAGCGGACCCGUCCCGUGACGACAUCAUCGCCGAGGCGUUGGACCUGUUCCGUGCCAACUCGCUCUUCCGCAACUUCGAGAUCAAAGGCCCGGCUGAUCGGCUAUUGAUCUACCUGAUUCUCUUUAUCGGCGACUGCUUGACCAGGAUCACGCAGUGUAGGUCCUUGUGCGCGCGAGGCCGGAUGGAGCGAGGAGGCGGUGACGUCGCGUUCGUCGCCGGAUAGCACUGGCUGCUCCCAAAGUGCACUCUGCCGGUCCAACGCCGUAGCGCAGUACUCCUUCCACCCUGAGCUGACUCCUUCGUUGCUUUGUUCUCCCAAUACCCUCUGUCCCUGUCCUGUUCGCCCGCUUCGCCGGUGCCGCCCCACUCGUCACUGUCCAUCCACGCCCACGUGACACGCCGCUCCCCGAACACAAAGCCAAACCCGCUUGGGGUCAAAACGAAGCUCUCAAGCACCUCUCAAACCACUCGAUCGAAACCUUCACCAUCCCCGGCGAGCCCGGCUUCCCCCUCAACUCGCUCUACGCCGCGCCAUCCAACCGCCUCGACGCCGAUGCGCUCAGGGCCUACUUGACCCAGGCGAGGCAAGAAACCACGGUGAGGCUCGUCGAACGUGUUUACUCGGAUGGUACGGGACGACCAAGUAAAUGGUGGCUGGCGUUCGCCAAGAGGCACUUCUUGGGCAAGAGUUUGGAGACGAGGGCCUGA